AUGCAGCGGGUGUCCGCCUUGCUCCCAUCAUGGGAUCGCAGCAGGAAUAGCGCAGGCUCCAGUGGGAAAACCAGUUUGGACAAGGUCCGCGGAUGGGCUGAUCGAAUCCCGUCCUCUGGCAACAGAUUGAGCACGGCAUCGUCAAAGACUGGGAGGGAGUUGUAUGCGCCAACAACUCUCGACAGGGAAUGCGAGAGAGCCGCUCGCAUCUUGAUAUCCUUCUGCCGUGAUGGUUACCUUGUCACCGACGAUCGUCCGUCCAGCCCUACGACCACUGCCAGUGGCACAUCAACACGUAAAGUAUUAAAAAAGAUCCCUCCGAGGGUAAUACAAAAUGCAGUCGGCUUGGCCGUCUUUACUUCCAUGCGAUCCGGUCUGUGGUCGUCGGGAUCAGGAGGUAGUGGUAUUCUGCUGGCCCGGAAAACAGAUGGAACUUGGUCGCCGCCAUCGGGACUGACGUUGCAGACCGCGAGCCUCGGCUUCGUGCUCGGCGUCGACAUUUGCGACUGUGUCAUCGUCAUCAACAGCUUCACUACGCUGGAAACUUUUGGCAGGGCAGCCUUGACUCUUGGCACGGAUGUGCAAAUGACGAGCGGCCCGGUCGUCUCGCUGGGGCUUUUGGAGAACGAAUUCAAAUGGGCCGACUUGAGCGAUACCGUCUUUACCUAUGUCAAGUCAAAAGGGCUAUCCACCGACACCAAAAUGGACGGGACGGUACUGAAUGAAAGGGCCGAUGAGAAUGAGCGCUUCUACGGCUGCAGCUUUAGUGUUCCCAAGAUCCUUGCCGGAGAUGUCAACCAGAGCCUGCCGCAAUUGAGGCCACUCCAUGAGGUGCUCAAAUUUGCAGAGGGUAGAAACGACUAUGAUGCAAACCUGGUGGAACAGCUGGCAAACCAACCGACCCCAGGAGAUGCAAGUAUCGACCCAUCCCAUAGUGGCGCUCCGAGCCCCAUAUUCGGCAUCCCAGAUCCGGAAGAUCCUGAUCCCUAUGGUGUUUUGGCCCUGGGUCUGGCUGGUUCGGAGAUUCGAGAGGCGGGAACACGGCUGCGACCUGAUAGCAGCCAAUUCGACUUUUGCCCGAGCCCCGCCAGUCCAGCCUUCCCAAAGUACAACCGACAGAGCAUGGACACAUACUUGACAAGGAGCAACAGGGGAAGUUACAUGUCCAACAAGACGGAGCGCAGCCAUGUUACCGAGGCGGGUACGCAAACCGAUGUCAACACGGCUGCCACGACGCCCAGCCCAGGACAGAGCGAAGCCGGUUAUCAGCCAUCCAUUGAAGAGUCGCCAGAGGAGGAGGAAGAAGUCAAGCAGCCCGAAGAAGUUGACUACACGCAAAUUGACAUUAGUGCCAUUCGCAAAUUGACCGCGUUCCCGGACCUCGACGAAGAUUUGCCAACCGAGACAAAUGACGACAAGGCCCUCGAUAUUGAGAUUGAACAGACAGCUAGCCCAAAGACAAUUUCAGAGAGCGAACCCGAGCUUGACGCCGAUGAUGAGGAUGAUGAUUUUGACCAAAACGAAUCAGAAAUCUCGGACGAUUUGUCGGAUGACGAUGACGAGUUUGAGGAUGCUGAGGAACCUAUUGUUUAUGAGGUUGCAACCGUACAGCCUCCGCGUAUGCUCGCAUCUCAGGUCGUACAGAUGAAGGGUGCUGUGGUCAACAUCCCCCGCCGAGUCCCACCCCCGCUGCCCAUGCGAAGUCCAGCUCGCAUGUCCCGCACCAGCAAAUCCGAGUUUGGGGAUGUGAGCAUGAUCAGCAGCCCCCUCAGAAACGAAUUCGAGAUCCCACUGCAGGCUGAUGAUGUUUCCACCCCCAAGGCCGGCGAGUCUUUUGAAACAUCUGCUCGUGAUUCCAUGGACGAAGCAGCAGUACCCGUCACUGAGGAGAAGACCGAUGCAACAGACGCAGAAGAAACCGUUGACUAUUUUACACAACCAGUGGUAGCUUCAGAGGCACAGAAGCCAACCACCACCGAAAUCUCUCACGCCCUAGAGGCCGAGGAGAAGAAGCAAGCAAUCGAGGCCAAAUCCACCAACAACACGGUGAGCGGAGAGACCACCGCUUAA